CAGCCAGCCCGGUGCGGGCGCCCCGCUCCCGCUCCCGGCCACGCUCCCGCUCCGCUAGCGCCAUGGACACAUAGCCGCGGCGCCACGCAGGAAGAUGCACAAUUCCAUCCCAAGCCUGGGCAGGGUGAUGGUGUUCCUCACAGCAGCCCUGGCAUCAGCCUCCUUUGCUGUCCCUGAAGACUGGGGAGAGGAAGGCGUGCAGUAUGGACAGCUGGGGACAGACGUGACCCUGUCAUGCCCUGGUAUCCGUGCCAGCUCAGCAGUGCGAUGGAGGCGCGCGGGCACCACGGCGCUGCCGGAGGGCUCAGCCAUCCAGCAGGGAUCCCUGGUGCUGCCGAGCGCCAGCCAGGCCCUCGGGGGAACCUACAGCUGCCACGGCAAGGAUGGCAGCCUGCUGCACACCGUGUCCCUGCGUCUGGGGCACCUGCCUGGAGUUCCCUUUGUGUCCUGCAGAGCAUCUGACUAUGAGAAUUUCUCUUGCUCCUGGACCUCCAGUGUGGAGACCUUCCUUCCCACCAGAUACAUCACCACAUACAGGAAGAAAUCCCUUACAGGCGAAGAAAAGCGGAGGAACAAGAACGGGCACGUGGGGCUGUGCCUGCAGGAUCCGUCCCGCCCCGGCACCUGCACCGUCCACAGGUCAGAGUUCUGGAGCUCCUACCGCCUGAACAUCACCGAGGUGAACCCCCUGGGCUUCAGCUACCGCCUUCUUGACGUCACCAUGCAGGCCAUCAUUAAGCCAGACCCUCCAGAGGGCUUAGUGGUGGAGCCCAUCCCCCUGGCCCCACGGCGACUCCACGUGAGCUGGAAGUACCCUUCCUCCUGGCCAAAGGAGCCCCACUUCCAGCUAAGGUUUCGGCUCCAGUACCGACCCAUCAUCCACCGUUCCUGGUCCGUGAUAGAGACGGUGAAUCUGUCUGAGGUUAUCACGGAUGCCUUCGCCGGGCUGGAGCACGUGGUCCAAGUCAGUGCCAAGGAUUUCCUGGAUGCGGGGAAUUGGAGCGAGUGGAGUGCUGAGGCCCGGGCAACACCAGUCAGAGACCUGGCCUCCACAGCAAGUGAAGAAACCACUACAGAUGCCAGACUGGAAAGCCUGGCUGAGGAGCCCUCCCAGGCUCCCAACCCUGAGCCCAUCAAUGGCAGUGACCCCAUGGAGAAGAUGGCCGUCCUGGUGUCCCUUGGGAUCUUUGCCUUCUUCAUCCUGGCUGCUGUUCUUGUCAUCACCAUCCUCAUCUGGCUCCGGGUGAGGAAACAUGGCAAGGACAAGACCAAACCCAGCUUUUUGGUUGCUGCCACCCACUUGAAGGCACUACCAAAAGCUCAGAUCCUGUAGUGAGCCCUGGCCAAUCCCUGCUCCCUGCACCCGCUUGCCCACGCGUGGGACUUGAUGCCACUGCUGGCCCCCAAGGACCCCACGCCUCCUGGGUCACCCCACAGCUGUGGACAUUGUCGGAGCCCCCAACACCCUGGGGUUGCAGGAUGGAUCCUAAGGAGAGAGGGUCUGCUCUCAGGAGCGUUGGACUGCCUGAGCCCACCAGGAGCCAGCUGGAGUCACUUCAGGCUCAGGGUGACGGGCCAGCUCCACCUCUGAGCGCUGCUAUACCAAUGGGGAUAAGACACUGAGCCAGCCCCACUGCACUGCCUAGUGUUGAGGGGGACCAUGGGUGUAGGCUCCGGGGGUGCCAGGCAUCAGUGCCAGACCAAGGGGUGCUGAUCCCUGCCUGUCACCCCCCACCAGCCGCCAGCAGGCAGAAGAGAACACCCCCUUCCCCUUCCCUCUGCCCCAAUCCCCUGUGCUGUGGCUGGACAGAGCAGAGAAGCCAAUAAAGGGGAUAUGCCAAUGCUAUCAUUGGCACUGUCCAGGCAAAACCCCUUUGCAGAUAGCGCUGGGCCAAGGGAGGGGUGAGUGCCAGCUUGGAAAUGGUCCUGGCAGGAGGUGAGCAGGCAGCAGGGCUGCCUCCCAAACUGUUCAGCCCUCUCCCCAGGUGCAUGCAGGGGCUGAGAGACACCCAUGCUGAGGCUAAGUGCCAGAAGAGAAUACAGGCAGACAGCCAUGUGGGACAUCUCCCCUGCCCUCACCAGCAUGACAGCUGAGACAGGACCCUCUGCACAGCCCCCCUUGCUCUGCAUGUGGCCCCCUUGCUGCACCUCGACUCGGCCCCUCUAAUGGCUUCCAUGUGUUGGCACCUCCGGACCCCGGUGCUCCGUGCCAGCAGCCCAACGAGAUCCAGAUGGAGCUGGGGAGAAAUUCAGACAGCAGCAGCAUGUGGAGCACGGGGAGCAGAGCCAGUGCAGGGUGGGGACCACCUGGGUCCUGGGGCUGCCUGUGAACCCACAAUACAGAGGGAGCCUGGACUGGGACAGCCACAAAGAGUCUUUGUGUGGACUGGGGUGGAGGGACCUGGGGCAGGCUGUGCCUUUUGCAAUGUUUUGUGUGCCCACAGGCUCCCUGAUGCUCUCACUGGGUGCCCUGGUUGUGGGGUCAUGAGGGCUCUCCAUGCUUGGCUCUGUGGGGUUGCAGCCCCUCACUGUUCCUCAUGAGCACAGACACGCUGAGUGAGAGAGAUGGGGGUCAGCCCUCUAUCUGCAGUGUGCUGCUGGCAUGGCACCAUCCCUGGACCAGAGCAGAGCUCUCCACAGGGCAAGUAAGGCAGAUCACCAAUCUGGAGAGGUGUAAGGAGCCAGACCUUGCCUGGACUUCUUGCUGGGGAGGCUCAGCAGCCACAUCACCUCUCCCAGGUGUAUCCCAUAGCUUGACAGCUCCAGCUAUAUCACACUGCCAUGAUCUGCUGUGCUCUGGUCCCCAGCACCCAACCCAGCCAACACCCAUUCUCAUGUGUCACACAGUCACCUUUGUCAUGUCAUGGUCACCCUUGUCUCUUCCCAGCAUGGUGUGGACAGCCUUCACCAUGGGAAACCUCCUCUUAUCAACACCAGAUCCAAAUCCUCUGCCACUAUGGAAGGGAUCAAGGCAGUGGUUGUCCAGAGAUGCUGUAGAACACAGGUGAUGUGCAUCCCAUAGCUGUGGCUCCACUGUUGGCAAACAACUUAGUCAUUUCCCAGCAUCUGGUGCUGGUUUGGAGACUGAUGCCUGCUUGAGAUGUAGCAGCACAGCAGCCAGAAAAUGGGAGACAGCAGCUCUGGCCCCUGUAAUCUGCCUGCUUUUAAACUCCAAAAGGUCCAUGCAUGCUCCAAAUAGAAGUUUGUUUCUGCUGUCUGGAUAACCCAUAGAUCUGUGGUCCCUGUGUGCCAAGCCCUGUGUCCCCUUCCUUAGCUGGGGCUUGCCUGGCCAGGCAGUAGGGACACCAGUUCUGGUGACUGGGGCAGCUUCAGGGCAGGAGAGGCACAUCUGGUCCUCAUCACUGCAUCCUGCUGCCCAUGGCCCUGGAGGGUGUCCCCUUUCCUCUCUGAUGUCAUGACCUGCCAUCCAUUUGGCAGCUGAGAUACCAAGAGCAGGCCGGGGGUCUGCAUGCCACCACAAAGUCCUGCCUGCCACAACUGCAGCUUCCUGCUGGGAUGCCCCAUGGCUCAGCUCCCUGCCCCAGCAGCCUGUAAAUGUGACACACAAGCCUUGGGGACCCAAAGGAAGCAGCAAAUUGUGUGCUUUGGGGAAUAAAGGAAAGGUGCCUGGUGCUGGGUGCUGCCCUCCCCGUUGCCAAAGGGGAGGAUGCGCUGGUGCUGGUCGUGGGCAAACAGGGCUUUCCAGUGGACUGAGAAGAUGCAAGGGGAGGGCUGGGGUGAGCAGCAAUCUGGAAUAAAGGAGAGGGAUCCAGAUGCCAAAAUCAACUUUGUCUUCAAGCUGUGGAGAAGAAAAACAGGAAGGGACCAUGAGACCAGUCCCAGUGCCGGCACCUCCCUGUCCCACUGUGGGGCCAGGGCACUUCCUCCGGGCUUGGGCUCUCUGGUGGCUCACGCAGCUGCUGAGUGAGCAGGAGGCUUCCUGCUGCAGGCUGGAGCUCUGCCUGGACGCACCCUGUCCCAAGUAGGCAGAGGCACAUCCAAACUUGCCUUUGCUGCCAUAUCCCACCCACCCCAGGGUGGAUGCUGUGCCAAGAUCGCCAGGGGAGCUGGUACAAGCCAGGCCUGGAGAUGCUGAGAAUGUGCCAGGUCAAAGCAGCCCAUGGACUGCAUCCACAUGAGGCAGGGAUGGGUCCAGCUUCCUGGCAUGGAACAGGGACCAGCCCAAGCCCAGCAGGAAAAAAAGUGCAGGAGAACAUGGCCUGGGAUUUACUUGGUUUGAAAAAUUUCCAUCAGCCAAUGCUACACACCAGGGAGGGCCCCCAGCACUGAGACACACAGACAUCCAUAUCCAUUGUCUCCAUCCAGCACAGGGUGACCAGAUCAUGUCUCAGGCAGGGGCUUGUUUGGAAAAUCCAUAGCUUUGGCAGAAGCCAUUGCAGCAGGGCACUGGUUGUGGGCGGUCGUGCAUCACUGCCUGGGCUGUUUGACUGCCACCAACCCUGCCAAAUUUCUGAGCUAGCCCUCAGGAUUAGCCUCCUCCUCUCCCUCCCUCGCUGCCAGGAUCAGCCCGCAUUUUGCAGGGGAGGAGGCGAGUUGCACAGGACUGUGAAGCAAAACAGUCUCAACUUACCUCUCAUGGCUGCUUCUGCUUCCUUCUGUGCCAAAUGCUGAGCCAAGGAAAGAAGUAAAGGCAGCUUCAGCAGAAUAGCCAUGAAACAUACAUCUAUCUACAUGUGUCAUGAGAUGAUGCAGAGAGCAAAGGGUACAUUCACAGUCAGUGGUUCAGCAGGGAGGGAAGGAGGAUGCAUGGAUUGAGGGAAGGAGACAUGCAGAUGUAUAUGUGGAUGCGUGGAUCAGUUGUCAGAGGGAGAAAGGGACAGAUGAAUUUAUAGAUUAAUGUAUGGGCAGGUAUUUGGACACUCAGUUACCAUCCCAAGCAUCAAAGAUGCUCGCUCUGCAGAGGCUGACUUGUGAAGAGGGAUGAGAGGCCCAUGGGCAGAGAGCAAGGAUUGUGUUUGGGAACAAAUCUUGGGUGUGACCUAGCACCCAGUCCUCAUAUAAAUGGCAUCACAGCUGAUGUGAGAAGACAGCAGAGACUUUUCCCACAGACACAGUAAAUCCAAACAUGAAUGCUUUAAAAACAUAGUGCUGAGUCUUCACCCUGACCAUGGCUUUCAACUCACUUCCAUGUGGAUACCUCUUCCUGGGAACUUGCUAGAGAUACAAGACUGAACCCAUUAGAGACCCCUGCAAUGCCCCAUACUCCCUCUUCUUCAUACUCCCUCCCAUUCUAGCUGCCACAGCCCUGAACAUUCCUUGCUCUUCUUCCCUGAAACAGAAGAGGAGACAUCACCUGCCAGGCCAGAUGUGGAGAAGGGAGAAACCUGAGCCAUCUCUUGCUGUUGCAUUGUGAGCUUCUCCCUCCAAAAAUGGGUUGUUUCUUUUUUUGCUUGCUGAGGCUGGCCCCUUCCCUGCCUCUAAGAAGCUUUUUUUGUUUCACAGAUGGGAAAUGCCAAGCACCUGGCCACAGAGAUGCUGGGAGGCAACAGCCAGCAGC